CAAGAGCCGAAUUGUUUGUCAAAGACCGUCGUUUUCUUUUUCUUGGUUGAAUGAAUUUACGAGAUUGUUUUUUCCCACGGAGGCGAGCAAGCACCGACCAGCGUCUCUUACUCCCUCCGAUUUACCAGUCCACCAUUCCACUGGAACUCACCACCAUUUUCCAUUGCGAGUGAUAAACAUGGAGAAGAAGAAUAGAGUAUUGGUAAUAGGAGGAACAGGCUACUUAGGGCAACACCUAUUGCAAGGCCUUUCAGAGAUCAAAGAAAGACCUUUCGAUAUUGCUUUCACAUACCACUCCAGUUCCAGUCCUCCUCAACUCUUGCUUGAUUCAUAUCCUCAUUCUCGCUCAUUUCGUGUCGAUAUAAAAACUGGAGAGGGAUUUCAAACAAUCUCUUAUGAAUUUGGCCAGCCUGAUGUUGUUGUGAAUUGUGCUGCGAUCUCAGUACCUCGCGCCUGUGAAAUGGAUCCCACUGCUGCUAUGUCUAUAAAUGUACCUUGCUCACUUGUAAAUUGGUUAUCGAGCUUUGAAUUGAAUAAGACUCUUCUUAUCCAUCUAUCAACUGAUCAAGUUUAUGAAGGGAUGAAAUCCUUCUACAAGGAAGAAGACGAAAAUGUUCCUGUGAAUGUAUAUGGAAAAUCAAAACUGGCAGCAGAGCAAUUUAUUUCUGAAAAAUGCACAAACUUUGCAAUUCUGAGAAGUAGCAUCAUCUUUGGGCCGCAGACUAUCUCUCCCAUUCCAAAAUCUCUUCCACUUCAGUGGAUUGAUAGUGUCCUCUCCAAAGGAGAACAGGUAGAAUUUUUCCAUGAUGAGUUCCGCUGCCCUGUGUAUGUGAAGGAUGUUGUAGCUGUCAUACUGUUGUUGACAAACAAAUGGAUAUUGGAGCAUAAGCAAAUGCAGAUGCUUCUAAAUGUUGGUGGACAAGACAGGGUAUCCCGCGUUCAAAUAGCCGAGGCUGUGGCUGAUGUUAGAGGAUACAACUCUGCCUUGAUUAAAGCAGUAUCUGCUUCAUCAGUUGAUCGUGGCGUUGUAUCCCCAGCUGACAUAUCCAUGGAUAUUUCUAAACUGAUCCAAACACUAAACAUAUUGCCUACUCCGUUCAGGGACGGUGUCAAAUUGACGCUUGCUUAAAUGCAAAAUGUAUUGGAUUCCUCUAUCUUGUCUAGAGUGCCAUUGCUAAGGCUAUAGCAUGGAUACCGAUUUUGAUUAUUGUUUACAGAAUGUGCUCUUUUACGACAGUUUAUCGAGGAAUGUGAAAUCCAUGAAAAGGGCUUUCAUAAUAAAUUCUUGUCCAGUCUAA